AAGCGUCCCUCUCUAUUCUCAAACACCGUGUGCUCCCAGAGAGCUUUUUUCUCUUUAGGGACACCGCAGAGUCUGUGAAAAAGAAACCAAAGGAGCCCUGCUCAUAGUGUCGACAUGGUGAGCCAGGAAGAUUUGUUGAUUGGAAAGAUCUGCGAGCUCUAUGAUCAGAUCUCGAGCCUCGAUAGUCUCAAACCCUGCCAAAAUGUCGACACUCUUUUUACCCAACUCGUCCUCACAUGCAUACCACCCAACCCUAUCGAUGUCACUAAGCUCCCCAAAAGCCUUCAGCAGAUUCGGUCCAAGCUCAUUCGCCUCUGUGGCGACGCCGAAGGCCUCCUGGAGACCCACUAUUCCACCAUCCUCGGCUCCUUCGAAAACCCUCUCGACCACCUCGACAUCUUCCCUUAUUACUCCAACUACCUCAAACUCGGUCUCCUCGAGUUCACCAUCCUAACCCAGCACUGCGCUCGUUUCCCUUCCAACAUAGCCUUCGUCGGCUCUGGCCCUCUUCCUUUCACUUCGAUUGUGCUGGCCUCCAAUCAUCUUCCCACCACCACCUUCCAUAACUAUGACAUCGACCCGCAGGCCAAUUCCAUGGCCCUUCGCUUGUUUUCUUCCGACACUGAUUUAUCUAAACGCAUGGUUUUUCACACCAGCGAUAUCUUGGACGUGACCAAGGACUUGGAAGAGUACGAGGUUGUUUAUUUGGCGGCUCUCGUGGGGAUGGACAAUGACGAGAAGAAUCGGGUGAUCGAUCAUUUGGCUAAGCAUAUGGCUCCGGGAGCACUCCUGAUGCUGAGGAGUGCCCAUGGAGCUCGCGCUUUUCUGUAUCCUGUGGUUGAGCCCGACGAUCUUCGAGGCUUUGAGGUUCUCUCUGUGUUCCAUCCCACCGAUGAGGUUAUCAAUUCUGUUGUGAUCGCGCGGAAGUAUCCCCUGCCUCUGCAUUCGCAUAAUGAUCAGCAAGGUCUUCCAAAUAUGAUAUUGCCAAACAAGUGUUCUGAGAUACAAGUGUUUAAUCCCCUCGUCAACCAUGGGAAUAUGAUUGAGGAGUUGACCGUCGAGGAACAGCCAUCGUAAUAAACUCGACAUCUCUCUCUUUCUAACACACUACCUUCAUUUCUCUAGCCAUAUAUUUAUGUGAUUGGAGUCUCUCUACAUGGAAUUGGGUCAUCUAUGCGGUAGCUACUAGCCAGUAGUCACUUAGUUUAAUUUUCCUGCCGAUAUACCCGUUUAUGAUAUCUAUAUCAUCUAGUGCUCAUCAUUUUCGUGAUGUCGUCUCAAAAUUCUCAAGAAAUAAAAAAAGGGGGCUUAUAUGUGUUUUCGUGAUGAUCCGCACUCUCAAGGGUACUCUUUUUUUAUUUAAUUUCCUUAUUAUCAGCUCAUCAAUAAAUGUUGUCAUUGGUGCAAGCUGCAAGUUGUCCUCGGUGCAAGCUGCAAGUUGAUCACAUUUACUGUAACCUGAUGAAAGAACUGGUAAAAAAAAAAAAAAAAACAUCUUCUUGCUUUUCA